AUGUAUUAUUGCCCGUUUUGUCAACACGGUUACCCGACUUCUAAUCACCUCAUGGCACAUAUGAAGUUGAAGCAUAGUGUAAAAUGGUGUAAAAAAUUUCAAUGCCAACAACCAAAUUGUUGGAGGACCUUCAGUAAUUCAUCUUCAUAUAUGAAGCACUUAGCCUUGAAACAUCCAUUACCCAUGCAGUCCUUGACCAUACCAAAACACAGAGCACCCGAAAAUGUGACUGAUUUUUUUUUUCGUGAUGUAGACUCAUGUGAUUCAUCUGGCACUUCUCCUGUAAAAGUGGAUGUCUGUAAUUCUGACAAUCUUGAAUGCAAUAUAACUGUUGAAGAGUUUCGGCAAUUAGUGAGCGAUGGCUGUGCUUCUUCUACAGCUAAACUGUAUGCCAAUAAUACAAUUAACCGAAGUGUUGUGCAGGACAUUAUUGCAAGUGUUGAUGAAUUAUUUUCUUCAUCUUGCAUUGAAUUAAUUAGACGAAAAUAUAAUUCCAUUCACUCUAGUACCAAAAACAAUGACGUGAACGACAUGCUAGAUAUCUUGAGCAACGCCUUUAAUAAUCUUAAAACCGAGUACCAGAGAAUGAAAUUCUUUGACAGUUGCAGUACCUUAAUAAAACCGAUUCCGUUUGUCGUUGGCACCUCUAUGGAACUGAAGACAAUUAAUCGAUCUAAAGACCUUGGCAUCGUUGAUUUAACUGGCCAGUUGAUACCGAUGGGUGAAAUUCUAACAAAGUUUCUCGAAUUGCCAAAUGUUUUUAAUUACAUAGUUUCCCAUAUAAACGAGUUGAAAGAAGAUGAAUUGAACAAUCCACUGGGAUCACACAAAUGCAUUAAUAAACUUGGUGCUGUUUACUUUACUCUGGGCUGUAUACCUCCCCAGUACAGCUCAUUGCUUGAGAACAUAUUUUUAGCACAACUACACAACUCACAAGAUCAUAAUACAUUUGGCAAUAAAGACGUUUUCAGAAAAUUAAUACUGGAAAUUAUUAACCUUGAGAAAAACGGUAUCAUUAUUAAUACGGGCACUGUAAAAAAGAAGGUAUAUUUCGUCUUGACCAAAAUAUUAGAUGAAAAUCUUGGGCUUCAUUCGAUUUUAAGCUUUACAGAAAGUUUCAAUGCCAAUUAUGUGUGCAGAUUUUGUCGAGUUGAUAAGCUCACACUUCAAAGUCAAACAUCUGAAGAUAUAAGUAUGUUACGAACAAAAGUUAAUUAUGCUGAUGAUUUGUUGCGCUGUAAAUAUGGUAUCAAAGGUAGAUGCAUUUUCAAUGAUAUUCCAAGUUAUGAUCUAAUAGAUAAUCCUACAUGCGAUAGUGCUUAUGAUAUACUAGAGGGAGGUUUUUGGUAUACCAUGGGUAAAAUUUGUCAGGUACUAAUAAAUGUAGACAAAUUAUUUUCUCUUGAUCAGCUGAAUGAAAGAGUCAGAUUUUUUAAGUAUGGCAGUACUAUGGUAGGGAACAGUCCACCAACAAUUACACAUGAUUUUUUAAGGAAACAAGUUAUCGUGUUCUCAGCAUCCGAAAUGUUGUGCUUCGUCUACUACUUCGGUUUAAUCAUUGGCGAUCUUGUUCCUAAUGAUAAUGAAGUCUGGCAGUUAUAUAUUGUCGUUAGAAAAAUUCUGUCGGUGGUUAUGGCUAUAUCAUUCCGUAAGAAAACAACUGAUUUACUUCGCACUUUAGUUAAACAACAUCAUUCUUUAUAUCUGCAGCUAUUCAGAGAGCCGUUAAAACCCAAGCACCAUUUUAUGUUACAUCACUCAACUUGUAUUGAAAAAUGUGGGCCUUUAUGUGACAUGUCGACUAUUCGUUUCGAAGGCAACCAUCGCGAUUUCAAACAGAACGCCAAAGUAGUGACAUCACGAAUAAAUAUAGCGUAUACCCUCGCUUAA